AAGCAGAAUCUUUGCAUGAUUUCAAAACCAAGUCUAAAGUUAGGGCUUUUUUCAACCCAAACAUCAAUGAAACGGAUUGAACAUAUGUAUAGAAGACAAUAACUGGACCAGAAUCCCAGCGAUUGCGACACCCACCACCAAUCACAGACUUGUCGCUGGCAAUUUCAAGUCCACCGUCCAAAGGGGCUGCGCCGAUUCAUCUCUGAGCAAGUUUCCCGGCUUCAAAGACUCUUUCUUUCAUCAUUCUUCCUUAAAGAAGGAUUUGAUAUUUUGUGGACAUGUCUUCCAAGUUAACACCUUCCAAGAGGCCUCAAGACCGUGGAGCAUCAGAGGGCAAUGGAAAAGGGAAGUGGCAAAAGUCUGCUUAUUUUACUUCACAAGAUACAUCGUUCAAGAUUGCUCCUGGUAGCACUGUUUUUCGAGUGCUUUGCCCUGCUUCUAAAGCUGGAAGUGUUAUUGGGAAAGGGGGAGACAAGAUAUCCCAGAUACGCCAGGAGACUGGUGCAAAGGUCAGGGUUGAGGAAAUCGUCCCUGGAUGUAAUGAGAGAGUAGUUGUAAUCGCUGGUUCUGAUGAAGAUAAUCAGAGAAAAAAUGCUGAUGAAGGAACUAAAGCAGUUCUAGAAACCGAAGACACUGACAAAACAAAAGAACAUGAUGAGGGGAGUGAACAUAAGCAAUCUGUUGCAGGGGAAGAUUUGCCAUCUGAGAAAGUUGCUUCCUCUGUCCAGAAAGCCCUGUUUCUUGUGUUUGAAAGAAUGUUUGGAGGAGAACCGGGCAUGGAUGGAGGGAAUGAAGAUGGUAAUAAGGAGGCUACUACAUGUGUUGUGAGGCUGUUAGUACUUUCUUCUCAAGUGGGAUGUCUUUUAGGAAAAGCUGGUAGCGUAAUCAAACAAAUGGCUUCUGAAAGCGGGUCACAAAUUCGGAUUCUUCCUAGGGACAAACUUCCUGCAUGUGCAUCCCCUUCGGAUGAACUGAUUCAGCUAUCUGGAGACAUGGAUGCGGUUAAGAAAGCUCUUCAAUCUGUUUCACAACAGCUCUUGGACCAUCCACCUCGUGACGAUGAUUCUUUCUCUGCGAACCCUAGCGGCUUAUCUCAUUCCUUUGGUAAUUCUCUUUCUCGUCCAGAUGCAUAUCCUGCUUUCCCUCAUGGACGACCAUUGGCUGCACCACCUGCUGAUGGUGUAGGUGGUGCUUUUGGGCGUAUGGGUCUUUCUCAAGAGAUGCUAACUUACCGCUUGAUAUGCCCUGAUGAGAAAGUGGGAGGUGUGAUUGGAAAAGGAGGAUCUGUUGUGAAGGCACUUCAGCAAGAGACUGGAUGUGACAUUAAAGUCCUAGAACUUACUGCUGAUUCAGAUGACCGUGUUAUUGUCAUAUCUGGACCAUCGCAUCCAGAUGAGCGCAUAUCUGCUCCUCAAGAUGCAGUUCUUCGUGUACAAACAAGGAUAAUUAGGGCUGCACCUGAGAACAAGGAACAGGGUCCUACAGGAAAAAUUAUAGUAUCCUCGCAUCAAAUUGGAUGUCUGCUUGGCAAGGGCGGUGCGGUUAUUUCAGAGAUGAGAAAGUCAACUGGGGCAUAUAUUCGUAUAUUGGGAAAAGAUCAAACCCCACAAUAUGCUGCUCGAAAUGAAGAAGUAGUUCAGAUAAAUGGUGAUUUUGAUGCAGUUCAUGAGGCUCUUUUGCAAAUAACCAUGAGGUUGCGAAGUCAUUUUUUCCGGGACGCAUUUCCUUCCAUUAAUCAUCCUCCAAAUUCUUCGUUUCCUGAUCAUGGACCGCCAUUUCCACCAUAUAUGAGGAGGGAAGUUUCUCCACCAGGAAGGUAUUCCUCAUUUACCCAGUUUGAUGCUGGAAUGCCUCCACAUGGUGGGUUUCAUCCACAUGAUGAUCACCCUCCAUUUAUGCAUGAUCUCCAUAGACCAGGCUUUUCCCACCAUAUGCCUGAAAGAUUACCAGCUUCAGCACCAUGGGGUCCUCCGUGUGUUGAAGGUGGUGGGCCUCUAGGAUUCCCUGAAUUUUCAGGAGUUCCCCAAAGAAGAUUGGGUGGAUUUGGAGGUGGAAAUCACCAAGCUAUAAUCACAAGCACCACCGUGGAAGUAGUUGUUCCUCGCUCUGUGGUUUCUGCAAUAUAUGGAGAGGAUGGCGGAUGUUUGAAACAAAUCCGUGAGAUUUCUGAUGCAAAAAUUACGAUAACGGAGACGAAAGGUGGAGGAAAAGAGACAUUGAUCAUAAUAUCAGGCACACCAGAGCAGACUCAUGCUGCACAGUCUCUUAUUCAAGCCUUUGUUAUCAGUGAGACUGAAACUUGUUGAUCUCAUCCUCUUUUGUUUUCAUGGUUAUAUAAAAUAUGCAUGCACUUGAAUGAAUUAUGGUGUUGUAAACUUGUUGAUUCUCUCUUUGGACUGCAAGUGAUUUUUAGGUGCUGUUUGGUUGGUUUUCCAUCAAGUCAUGUAUGGAUAAACUGACUAUG